CUAAUGUGUGGCGUUAGCUGCCUAGCUCCACAUAAGCAGCCGCUUGCUCUGUUGCAAUGCGUAUACAAUCCAAAACAAAUCCACAUAUUUGGCCGGCUGCUAACUGUGUUUCUGCCAAGGAGCUUUGGUGGUCAUGAGAAGGGCUGAGCUGGGCUAGUGUGCGCAUUGUUGUUGGUGUUUCAUCAUUGCUAGACUGGUACAGUCAAGAGGUGGGGUGUGGAUGACCAGAUCCAAUGCGUCGGUUCUGCAAAAAAAAAAAACCUCCACAGACUCACACGUAGCUUCAUCUGGAUGGUGACAACAUGUGCUGCGACUUCGUGUAACAAUGCAUAACUCCCCUCUUUUCCAGUACCUGCACGAUCUAGGGCACACAGACUUUGAGGCAUGUCCAACUGCAUCACAGGAGGAGGAAUAUGGCGGUCAAGAGGGAGACCUCACCUCUCCUGACGAAGAUACACAGAAAACAGGAGGACGCUUGUGGAGACUGGUGAAAGCCUUGUGGCGAUGGAGUCCGAUUCACCAGGCGGCUGCAUCUCGUAAGCUGGGGCAGCAGCUGGACUGUGUGUUCGGCCAAUACUCGGUGAGGUGCAUUCUGGACCAGGACGUGCUGCUGCAGGAGGAUGUCGAGCUGAUCGAGCUGUUAGACCCGAGUGUGCUCACCCUCGGUUCGUCGCCGUCUGGCUCAUCCAGCCGAGCGAGCACCCUGCCCAGACCAAGCCUCAUAGCCAGGCCGUCUAUGUGGGACAUGGCGGGGCUGGUUGGCCUGGCUGCAGUGCUGCUGAGUCUUUGCUCCGCAUCGGAGGGCCUGUGGUCGCUGGCUGUAGCCCCGUGGGGCCUGGUGCUGCUGGGCUGGUUUGGGCUGAGGGGGGUCAUGCUGUGGAGACAGGGUCGCAUGCAGAGGGCCGUACACGCUCGGACCACGCAGCUCCAGACUCUGGUCCACAACAGCAAGACCCUGACCGGACUGUCUCGCAAAGCCCUGCGCCUGGUGCAGGAGACAGAGGUCAUCUCCAGAGGGUUCACCCUUUUGCUCGACAGGGUGAGUGCGGCCGGCUCCUUUAGCAGGGCGGGGCCAGGGGCGAUGCCACGAGGUCAGCAGCUGAUCGGACUAAGGAAAGCCCUGUACCGGUCGCUCCGCACGGCUUUCAGAGCCUCACGCAGAGCCACCUGUCACAUGCUCAAGGCGUUCCCUCUGAACUCUGAGAUCGAUAAUGUGACCAACUAUGUGUCUGCGGUGCCUCUGAAGGAGCUGGGGCUCGGCCUGGGCAUUGAGCACCUGGGUGACGAGCAGGCUCAGGAGCUGACAGAUGACUACAGCCUGCCUGCACUGAAGAUGCUGUUCCAGCUGUGGGUGGGACAAAGCUCUGAAUGUUUCCGUCGACUGGCUCUUCUCCUGUCACCCAGAAGAAUAGAAGAGCCAGAAGAGGGCGGAGCCAAAGGAGACACCUCCCCUCCCCCUCUGCACCGGUCCAUCGCAGCAGUGACCGAGCCCCUCCACCACGCUCUGGGCAGCUGCCUUGGCGAAGUGCAGCGCAGCUAUGACUUCCACCGGCACUUUGAGUCACAGCUGAGGACGACGGGCUCUGACAGGACAGUGAGAGCCAGGGAGAAGUGCCGAGACCUCAACACCCUGCACACCUCCAUCCGAAGCCUGCAGCUGCACCUCAAGGCCCUGCUUAGCGAGAUGAUCAUCCUAGAGGACGACUUGGAGAAACUGAUGGUGUCCAAGGAACCGACGGAGUUGACGUUUGAAGGCUACCAGGACCUCAGUGACCGACUGCACCAGCUGCAUCCUCACAUGCAGGCCAGCACCGGCUGCUGGGAGGACACCAUCACCCAGGUGGAGCGCAUGCUGAGACGGGCCAACGCCUGCCCAGGAAAUGCUGAGUGUCUAGAGCAGUGUGGCCCCCCUCUACCCGAGGUUCCUGCUCCUCCUCCAUCCUACCCGUUGAUCCUGGACAGAGACCCUGUGCCAGAAGAGCUGGAGUGGGAGGCCUACGUGUCCGACUCAGACUCUGACGGUGAAGGCAGAGGGUCUUGGUCCGACAUGUUGUCACUGGAGGAACGGGAGAGGCAGCGCCGGGAGAGGGAGGAGUCCCGCCGUGUCCUGUCAGAGCUCAAAUCUGUGCUGGGUUUCCGUGCAUCAGAGGGGGAGAGGAUGAAGAGGAAGCAGCUGCUCUUCAACGACCAAGCUGCUGUGACGCCUUUAGCACGCAGUGAGAGUUCAGAUCCUGCCACAAAGCCGACUUCUCUGGGAUCGGUAGAAGCUGGCAAAGAGGAAGGAAACCACCUUUCAGAGUGCCCUGCAGGAAAUGAAGGGGAAGGAAGAGACGACAGGGUGAGGCCUGAACCCUCCACAGAACCGGUGAUGGAGUUCAGCUGUGGCUUGGAGGCAAAGGAAGGAGAGUUGGGAGGAACUUCAGCGUGUACGAGAGGAGGAGGAGCGUCGGAGCUGCACCAAUACGACGGUGUCCUGGAGGAGGCAGAGAGCCAGAACGGUCUGGACUGCUUCCUGGUGCCUAAAAUCCCUGCUGUCUCCGUGAUGGACAGACUGACGGAGAUUCACGGCUCAGAGGCUCUGAGCUUCAGCUCCGCCCUCGCCGCUCAGGUGGCGGCGCGCUCGCAAUCGCUCAUCAACAUGGAGGAGCAGACGUUCGGAGAUGAGGAGGAGGAGGAUGAAGAGGAAAGCGACAGACGAACCCCUAAGAAGGACUGAUAUUAAACCUCGCUGCUUUAACCAAGCAUUGAGCAGAGACUGUAUUUAUGUCUGAUUGUCUGGAUGGCUUUUAUUGCUGUGGUCUGUGUUACAUCUUAACUGUUUCUGGUGUUGAGGUAUUUCAAAUUUACGCCACUCUUUAUUACCCGUCCGUCCAUGUUACAUUACCCACAAUUCUUACUGCUCUUUUGCUGUUAAAACUCAGGUACCACAACCACUAAAACACAACAUGACCUGACAGUGUUAAGGUCAGAAGGCCAGAAUGUCUACACUUUACUUGGUUCAUCCACAUAGUGUAUAUUGCUCACAGUCAUUAAAGAAACACAUGAUUGGCUCCAAUACAUAAAAACUAUGUACGUUUUCUCCUGAGACCCUGUAAUCAAAGCACUCCAAUCUGAGUUACUGUCAGGAACUGUUGGGCUGGAGGAGACGAACAGUUGAGAGCAUUUUUCUGAGAUACAGCGGUACUUCUUUGUGUUCAGACAGAAAGCAAAGAUAGCCCUGCCGACAAAUUCAAGUUUAUCCCAGGACUUAAUGAAAUAGAGAGAGGCUGGAGGGAAACCGGAGUUGCACAAACCGCUCUCGAUCCGAUACUGAAAUCUGAUAUCGGCCCGAUACUGAGUCAAAUAUCUGGAUCAGGUAACCGCGACAAGGGAGCCGAUCUGUUCGGUUCACUUACGUUGAUGCACCACCAGUGUCGGUACACCUGAGCUAACAGCAUGGAGGGAGCUAAAAACAAGGGGUCAGCAGUUUGGAGGCAUUUGACGCUUGUUCACGCUUGAUGUUGCCUUACAAAUAAAAUGAUUCCCAGUCUCUUUCUCACAGUGAGGAAUACACCUUAUUAAUUUUACAUUGAUGUCGGAUCAGUACUCGGUAUUGACUGAUACCCAUGUUUGGAAGUGUUAGAGUGGUGGAAGAAGUAUUCAGAUCAUUUACUUAAGUAAAGUAGUAGCUUUACUACAUUAUAUAUAAAAAUACUGUGUUUCAAUUAAAAGUUCUGCAUCCAAUAUUCAACUGAGCCUCAAUACUGCUAGCAAAAUGUAUUAGAAGUUAUGAAUAAGGGCCCAUUUCAGAGUGUUUAUUUAACAAACAAACUUUUUUUUCAGGACUUAAGGAGCUAAGAAAGUGUAAUACAGUACAGUACUUGAUGUACUUCUUACUUCCACAACUGUAGUUGUACAUUUUUUCGCUUUCUAUCUGAACACCCCUGAAGCAAAAGGCUGAACCCAGCUGACAUUCAUUCUUAUAAGCAGACAGAUAUAAAGAAACCUACACAGAGCGAGGGAGCUCUGCGAGAAGAGGAAGUGAAAUGCUAUUUUUACUAUCAGUGCUUUAUUUUUGUCUGAUCCAUCUCUGCUGUCUGACUGGACACAAUGGAGGGGUAGCGGUAAAGCGAACACAUAGCCGACCACACGUGCACAAUCCUAUUGGGAGUGACAUAUUUGUAUCUAAGAACGACUCAUGAUGAAAUAGUCCCAUUUUUCUGUGUUUACAGGGGCACACUCAGUGGAACUUGUUAAAGACACUUUAUGGAUUCAAAGAACUGUGUUGCUGUGAGGUUUAAAAUCUAAUACCUGUACGGGUAUAGUACUAAAAAAAGGUUGAUUUUCUCUCAUGUGAGGGCAAUCUAUAAAUAUGUUUCAUAUGACGUUGCUAUAUGAGUCUGACAGCCCUCAUGUGUGUCCCCCCCACCACCCUUCCUCCAUCUUCCCAGUCUUGUCACCAUGUCGGCCUUGUCCUGACCCCUCCUGCGCCCUCUCUCUCUCUGGGGUGAGGUCUACCCCCCUCUUCCUGCAUUUUCCAACGUGAAAUAAAAUACUAUUCUGGAAGUGUU